AUGAGCGACGACGAGCAGACCAAGCUGCUGGAGUGUGCCGGUCCCCCGUCCGCGUCGACCGGGAAGAAACCCCCGCGGAUGCCCAAGUGCUCCCGGUGCAGGAACCACGGCUACGUGUCGCCGCUGAAGGGACACAAGCGCUUCUGCAACUGGAGAGACUGCCAGUGCCAGAAAUGCAAACUGAUCGCGGAGCGGCAGAGAGUUAUGGCGGCCCAGGUGGCUCUGCGACGGCAGCAGGCUCAAGAGGAGGAGAUGGGGCUCUGUAGCCCAGCCACGCUGUCCAGUCAGGAGGUUGUUGUGAAGAAUGAGCCCACUGGAGACUGUCUGUCCUCGGUGUCUGGAGGUCGAUCACCUACCUGUGGAAACACCUCAGCUGGUACCUCACCUUCUAAUGCAGGUAGUCGUUCUGGCCUGGCGUCCAGCCCCACAGCGUUCAGUAGGGGGCAGUCUACUGAUGGAACAGCUGACCUCCUGGUGGACACCUCCUACUACAACUUCUACCAGCCGUCACGCUACCCUACAGCCUACUACAGUAACCUGUACAACUACCAACAAUACCAGAUGCCGAACGGCGAGAGUCGUCUAUCCAGCCACAACGUGUCUCCUCAGUACCGGAUGCAUUCCUACUAUUCCUCUGCCUCCUACCUCAGCCAGGGGCUAGGCCAGGGGUUAGGCCAGGGUCUGGGCCAGGUGCUGGGCCAGGGAUUGGGCCAGGGUCUGGGGACCACGGCAGCCUGUGUUCCCCCCAUCUUCUCUCUGGAGGACAACACCUGCCAUGACACCAAGCAGACCUCCUUCUCCCCAGUCAGUGGAGGCGCUAACGGCCAUGACGGUCUAUCCUGUCUGUCCAUCAGCUCCCUGGUCAACAGCUCUGAGGGGAAGACUGAGUGUGACGGACAAGACCAGGGACAGGGCUUUACUGUCGACUCCAUCAUAGAGGGAAACCACAAGUAA